GACCAAGCGCGUCUCCCCACCACAUCGUAAUUAAAACCCACCUUCAACGACAAUAAUACAUCAGCACCAAUACCCAAUACCAUGUCUGUCCGAAGACGUCUUCAAUCUGGCGCUGGGCGCCAUGGUUCACAAUCAUCUCCUGCACCAGGCAGAUCCCGCCCCUCAAAUCCAAACGAAUCAAUUCCUUUCCCAGAAUACACUCCACCAACAUGUCCUCUCUCGGCCGAUGCACAACGAGCUAUUUCCAAUAUCCGUACUCUUCAUCAUAGCGAUAAGCUCAAGAAACAUCUCAGUCAAGCGAUUAGGAAUAUCACAGAUACCACUGUCGCCAAUAACGAUAGGAUAUGGGAGCGCAAGAGACAAGUAGAGAAAAAUGCGCGGAAGAGACAAAGAGAUGGACAAGAUGACGAGGAAAUCUCGGCGGAGCAUAAAGAUCUGGAAAUUCACACGAAACAUUUGGCAAAGAAGGUCAAUAUAUGGACGGAGCAGGCGGAGUUGGCGAUGAGGGUCUUGAUUGAUAAGGGCGAUGAGGUGGAGAGGAAUGACCUGGUAAUUCAGGAUGUUUGUAAUAGAUUGGAUGAGAUCAAUCCAGCUCCUCCAAUACGAAGGACCAGGGGUCAAGAAGAUGAGGAGGUGAAGCAAGAUGGGGUGGCCAUCAGUGCAGUGGAGCUGUUCGAUAAAAUCAAGGAGGAAUACAGGUCGAAAUACGAGGCAGAAAGUAUGACCAAAAGAUACGCUUCCAAUAACGAAUACAAGAGCUUCAAGCGUGUAGUCCACGAUUCCCUUCAUCCAGAGGGCGACCUACCCCUCCCCAAAGAAUCCACAUGGUUCCCCUCCGACCGCCGGCACCCAGCUACCCAAGCUAACGGACAAGUCGAAAAUGAAUCUUCCGAUGACGAGAUUGUUAUCGAACGAAUCGUCAAAGAUCUCAAAUGUCCACUUACAUUUGCAAUUUUCCGCUUUCCAUACACUAAUAACAAGUGCAAUCACAGUUUCGAGAAAGAAGCAAUCAUCGAGUAUCAUGGGAAAAAUGCGACGAGACAGGGUGGACAAAGAGUGGUUAAGUGUCCGGCGAUUGGAUGUGAGAAUUUGAUCGCCAUGAAGGAUAUGUAUGAUGAUCAAUUGGUUUUGAGACAGGUUAGGAGGGCGACGCAGAAAGAAAGGACUGAUGACAGUGAUGAUGACGAUGAUUCUCCGAGAGGAACUCAAAGGAACAGACCCGAGGAGUUAAAUGAUGAAAGUACAUUCCUGGAUGUAGAUGAUGAGGAUAGGCGGCGAAGUGUGAAGAAGGAGAGAAUGAGUAGUAGGGCUCCACCUACUAUAACGCAAGUUAGUACGGAUGGCGAAGAUGAGGAUGAAGAAGAUGAAUGAGAAAUUUAUGAGUGGAUUAUGAGCGGGCUACUUAAUUUACAAUAUCAUGACUUUAUGAUACAGCUAUAUAUAUUAAUAUUAGGAAUUGGUCUACCACCAAUCCAAUAGCUUUUUACUUUCCCCCAAUGAAUAAUAGGCUUACCAAACCCCCCA